ACAUGACUUUAUUCGAAGCCGCCAAUCCGAUCAACUACGAGCAGUUCUGCCCGGACGGAUGGACGAAGAGCGAACAGCACUGUAUUGCCCCUGCAAAUUAUGUGGGUCCAUGUGCGAGGAAAAAAUUAUUUGCAUCAUUCGAAAGGGGCAUGAAAAGAGCUUACGCUGAAGAGUGCAAUGUGGAAUGGCCCCUACUAGGGAGGGAAGCGUCCGACAAGUACCCCAAAGGCUCGGCCCUACGGAAGAGGAAAUAUAACAUUGGCCCCGUCGAACCACUCACGGGGGCCAUAAUCUCCGGCGCUGUGAAGUGAAGAGACGCGAAAUUUUGAGCCACUCACAUGAGAUUGCGUUGUCCGUUUAUGCCUCCCUCCGUGGAGGGGUAACGUUGUGUGUACUUGUUCGCCAUUGUUCUAUUCGAACGUUGGAAGGAGGGUGAGAAGAUUGGUUGAAAGGCUGGUGAGAGAUCUAUUGACCGAUCGAUUGAUUGCAUACGCUUGUGCGUAGCUCUUUUUCUCUCCCCCUUCCUUCCCCCUUUGUCGGUUAUUCAACCCAUUUGUAUGUAAAAACGUAAAAGCCAGCCACGGACCACACCCCACUGGGUGUAAUUGUCGUUUGCCAAAAUGGUGAACAUAUCCAUUUCUUCCUUCCUUCCUUCCUUCCUUCCUUUCUUUUUUUU